CACAGACACAUUCCUGCACAGCACUGUAUCCGGCACCGACGCUGUUGGAACCACAUGGACUCUGUGAAUGUCACCGCCGGUAUGUGGGCUGUGGUGCUCUUCCUUCCUGUGGUCAUCACCACCGCGCUCUGCCUGGGCUGCAGGAAACGGCCACUCACGCGUAUUCCACAGAACGUGGCUAACUAUGAAUCCAAGAACUAUUUCACCCAUCCUUCCACUUCAAGCUUUAUGGUGCUGGGACCUAACUAUAUGCAGCGGACAUUGCCCUCCCCAACAGUGGUGUCCCCCCCAUGCCACUCUCUGAUAGUGUCCCCUGUCCUGGCCGAAAGUCGCAGAAGCUCCAUGGGGAGGGUCACGCAGGACAGUGAGAGUGCACCUGACUAUGAAAACAACCCUUCGCCAUCUUGCAACUGUGAUGACGAUGAAAACCACUCCCUUGGUUACAUCCAGGUGCUUCCGGAUGACAACGUGCCCAAUGCUGAGCAGCCGGUGACCAUGCCCUACCCUCAGGAUGACCAGGAGAGCAUCUCCUCUGCCCCUGAUGAACAGUAUGUAAACGAGGGAAACCCAAGAGAUUCACAAGGGGACAGCGUGGAAUACGUCAACUUGGUCGAUGAAACUUGUAAACAUUGUGGUGCCAGUGGGCAGAAUGCCAAGGAGGAGAACGCAAGAGACUCACAAGGUGAGAGUCUGGAAUAUGUGAAUCUGAUGGAGGAGGAGGAGGAGGCCCAACAGUCCGAUAAUGAAGAGGAGAUGCCCGACUAUGAGAACAUAGACAACAGCUGCAAAGGUUAGGAUGGGAGCUUUGAGCUGCCAGGGAUUGGAUUUGGGUUUCCCAACGGAUACUCAACCCCAACAUAGAUCUUUUCCACCAAGGACAACUGGAGAUGUGUGAGACCCCUUGUAAUGCCCCCGUACCUUCCCUCCCUGGACUUGUCGGUGCCUUCAGAGUGGACACGCUGCCAUAACUAUCAGAUUUUCCCAUUAGCUGAACCAAACCUUCGGGCCUACUGGGCACGCUCUUCUUUUUCAAAAAUAGACAUCAAUCAUUGCUUUCAAUAAAGGUCAUUGUAGAAAAUGAAGAUCAACCACCCCUGAUAACAAUGUAAAUAAGAGCCUAAGGGCUACGGCUGCCCACACAGACAUCCGCAGAACUUCAUGGAACCCAUCGCUUGAACCUGUAGCCAAAGUCUGAGGCUCAGUAUGAGCUGCACCGGCCUUAGACAAGGUUGUCCUCUGGGAUUUGAGCAGAACUUGUGGUCUCCAGGGAAGAACAGUGAUGGGAUUUCCUUCUUAUCUCCAACCUGUUGGGACUUUUCAUGAUUCCUGGGAAAUGUGUUUCUUUGUUAUUUAUUCCAUUUGUAUUUGUGUGUCUUGUUUCUGUGUGAGGAUCGGCCUGACAAGCUCCUGAGAUGUUCCCAGCUUGAGGGACUUUAGAGACAUUUAGAGUUUAGAUCUGUUAAGUGAUUUUAUAGGGGAAACUGCUUUAUCUGAGACUUUUAUUCUUUUUUUUUUUCUUAACUAUGUGUCAUGGUCCAUAUAGGGUCUGAAUUUAGUUCUAACAGGAUUAGUAAUAAGUAAGGAAAGGUCUGGUUUAGAUUUCAUGACAGUUCAAUGAAAAUAAAUGUGACUUUUGUGGA